AUGUCUUGGUUCUCGAACGCUUUUCCCAUUACACCUCUAGCUCUAGGGCUAGAGGUAUCAUUUGCCAUUUUACUUCUCAUAGCCCUCACAGGCUUUCUUAACCAUCGCUACCAUUUUAUAUCACAGAUCAGAGACUGGGUAUCGCUCCCACCCAGCCAGCACACUGAUUCACUACUCACUACUACUUGUGAUCCAGUGUGGUCACAACACUUCCCACUACUACCACUGUUAACUGGUGUCAUCGUCACUCGUCACUUUUUGAAAGUGAUUGUCAUCCCUUUCGAUUAG